CCACCCCAAAAAAAGCAUGCAAUCAGGGUGCGAAAUAUAAAUUCAGAGUGCUGAGAAUUCCACUACACCAUCAUUACCAACAGUUAGCCCUUGAUACCAAGUCAUCUAGAAUGCAUCUUAUCCUUACAGGAGCAACCGGCCUGGUAGGCUCAUCCGUGCUGGAUGCUAUGCUCAAGAAUAAAGCCGUCUCCAAGAUCUCAAUUCUGAGCCGGAGACCUGUGCCCAUGGCAGACGAUUCUAGAGAUCCGCGGGUCCGCGUGAUUCUCCACAGAAACUUUGAGGUCUACGGACCAGAGCUGCUGGAUCAGCUGCAAGAUGCUGAGGGAUGUGUCUGGGCUUUGGGAACGAGCUCAACCAAUGUCAAUGCCGACCAGUAUGUCAAGAUCACCAAGGACUAUGCUCUUGCAGCCGCCGAUGCAUUUUCCACCCUCAAAUCUUCUUCCUCCCAGCACCCUUUCCGAUUUAUCUACGUCUCGGGUGAAGGAGCCACACACAACCCCGGUCGCUUCUCUCCAAUCUUUGCACGAGUCAAAGGCGAAACCGAACAGCUGCUGGGUAAGCUAUCGGAGCAGAUGCCCACCCGCCUCCGGGCCGACAGCAUGAGACCGGGCUACGUCGACCCGGGCAUGCACUUGGCGAUUCAGCCGUACAUUCCUGCGCAGGGAGUGAAGGGGUUCUUUCCGAGGAUCGGAGUAGCCCUGAGCGUGCCUGUUUUCCGGUAUGCGCUAACAGGGAUGCACUCGCCGACUGAACGCCUGGGAACCUUCUUGACCGAUAUGGCGAUGGGUAAGGUGGAAGGGCAUCUUGAGGGACCAGGAGCGUUUAGAGUUGGAGGCGGAUGGGUGGUCCAAAAUAAGGGGAUGAGGAGGAUAUUAGGAUUGGAUUCUUAA